AUGUCUGAAUCGGAUCAUCAAUCCCCUGCUUUUACCUCCCCAAAAAUGGUGGUCAAGAAGGUCCUCGCCAAGUCCCAAUCUGAGGGCGAUGGAGCUACUGUCAGGAGAGCCAUUGGAAGCCGUGAUUUGAGGAACCUGGAUCCAUUUCUCAUGCUAGAUGACUUUUCAGUAUCCCCUCCUGCCGGAUUUCCUGAUCAUCCUCACAGAGGUUUUGAGACUGGAGGCAUCACUCACCAAGACUUUGCAGGGCAUAAGGGUACAAUCUGGACAGGGGAUGUGCAGUGGAUGACAGCAGGCAGAGGUAUAGUUCAUUCUGAAAUGCCUGCAGGAGAAGGACCCAACACAGGCUUGCAGCUCUGGAUCAAUCUAUCCCGCAAAGACAAAAUGAUUGAGCCAAGAUAUCAAGAACUCCUAAGUAAGGACAUAAGGAGGGCAGAGAAAGAUGGAGUUGAAGUCAGAGUUAUAGCAGGAGAAACAAUGGGAGUUAGCUCCCCUGUUUUCACCCGAACCCCGGCAUUGUUCUUCGAUUUCACCUUAAAACCCAAAGCUCAACUUCAUCAAAGCAUACCAGAAACCUGGACUUCCUUUGUAUACAUAAUUGAAGGAGAAGGUGUGUUUGGGUCAACGCAUGCAUCAGCUCAUCAUGUGCUUGUUUUGGGUCCUGGAGAUGGUCUAAGUGUCUGCAACAAGUCAUCAGAGCCGUUGAGAUUUGUGUUGGUGGGAGGGCAACCCAUCAAUGAACCAGUGGUUCAGCAUGGGCCUUUUGUGAUGAACUCACAGGAUGAAAUUAACCAAACUAUUCAGGAUUAUCAUUAUGGCCAGAAUGGAUUUGAAAUGGCCAAGUCUUGGAGGUCUCAAUGA